GGAAACUAGCAGAGGCAGCCCGGAACAUUUCGGGAAAAGGGGCCAUGGAAAUCUUAUCGUGCCAUUUGUUUACAGCGAGUAAAGCGAGAUGAGGAUUGGUGGGGCCCGCCUACUCCCAUCCCAUUCCUUGACGAAGCGUCGGAGCCUUUUAUUAUAUCGUCCUCCCAGUUUACUUCUCUUGUAACCCUUUCUCCCGAUUCCUAGACCAGUCCAGGAAGAAACCUUCUCUCACUUUUCCUGUUCUCUUCAGCCAUGUCUCAGGAAGGGAAAAAAUUGGUGACUCAAAAAGAUGACAAAUCUGGAGCAGCUGAUAGUAAAGGGCUUUCGGAAUCUGCUGCUUUACCUGGAAUGCCCAAUCCUUUUGAUUUCUCAGCCAUGUCUGGCCUCCUUAAUGAUCCAAGCAUUAAAGAACUAGCUGAGCAGAUAGCAAAAGACCCUUCGUUUAAUCAGAUGGCACAGCAACUUCAAGAUACAUUUCAACAUGGUGCCGCUGAAGAUGGAAUCCCUCAAUUUGAUCCUCAACAAUACUAUUCCACCAUGCAGCAAGUUAUGCAAAACCCUCAGUUUAUGACAAUGGCUGAGCGGCUUGGUAACGCACUGAUGCAGGACCCUUCCAUGUCCAGUAUGCUUGAUAAUUUGUCAAAUCCUACACAGAAAGACCAACUUGAAGAACGAAUGGCACGUGUCAGAGAUGAUCCUUCUCUGAAACCUAUUCUCGAAGAAAUAGAGCGUGGGGGACCAGCAGCAAUGAUGAGGUACUGGAACGACAAAGAUGUGCUGAAGAAGUUGGGUGAAGCAAUGGGUUUCCCUGUUGGAGGAGAGGCAGCCACAUCUGGUGAAACAGGCGCAGAUGAAGUAGAAGAAUCAAAUGAAGAUGAAUCAAUUGUUCAUAACUGUGCAAGUGUCGGUGAUGACGAGGGCUUGAGGAAUGCUCUUGCUGCUGGUGCUGACAAAGAUGAAGAAGAUUCAGAGGGAAGGACAGGAUUGCAUUUUGCUUGUGGAUAUGGGGAGGUAAAGUGUGCUCAAAUUCUUCUUGAAGCUGGGGCGAAGGUGGAUGCUUUAGACAAGAACAAGAACACGGCUCUUCAUUAUGCUGCUGGGUAUGGUAGAAAGGAGUGUGUUUCUCUUUUGCUAGAGAAUGGUGCUGCUGUCACCCUUCAAAACAUGGACGGGAAGACACCAAUAGAGGUGGCAAAACUUAAUAAUCAGCAAGACGUCCUAAAGCUCCUUGAGAAGGAUGCAUUUCUAUAAGCAAGAUGGAAGGCACCAUUUAGUACAACGUACACCGAGUUGUCAUGUAACUCUCUCUUUUGGGAAUUUGUGGCGUAUGAUUAAUACAUUGUGGUUUGCAUACUAUCACAUAUACUUCGUAUAUCUUUAUUAUGACCCUUUUAAUUUUGUGAGUGAAUGUUGUGUGUAUAAUUAACAAUACAGCCCCCUUCAUUCUUUUCUUAGAUACCGAGUGCUUUUGAGCAAAGAGGGGCAGCUAUUGUAUUUCAAUAAAUUUAAUUCUACAAAUGAACUAACAACCAUAGGGUAGAGAUGCUCAUUGAUUCCAAUAGGGUAAUGAGAUGCCCAUUGAUUCCAAUGUAUGGUUAAUGAGGUUUUG